UUUAUUUUCCGUAAUUUUUUAACAAAUAAUGGGUUUCGACUACUACGGUAUUUUAGGUGUGAAACGAUCAUGUACUCAAUACGAGAUUAAAAAGGCGUAUCGUCGCUUGGCGCUAAAGUAUAACCCAGAAAGGCAUGACGGGGAUGAGGGCAUAAAACGAAUCUUUGCGCUGAUCGGGGAGGCUUACGAGGUGCUGGUUGAUCAUAAGCAUAGGGCUGUCUUUGACCAGUAUGGUGAAGAAGGGCUUAAACGAGGGGUACCGAGCCCUACAGAAUACAUACAGCCAUACGCAUACCACGGGGAUCCGCUUAAGACCUUCCACGAUUUCUUCGGCACUACCAAUCCAUACGCCAACUUAUUGGACUACUAUGAAAACCCGCCUCCAAUGUUCGAGUCUCCUCUAGGCAGAGGCUACAAAGAAAAGGACGUCACUAUUUUCAGACCACUAUCUCUGUCUUUAGAAGAAAUUUACAAAGGAGGACUGAAGAAAAUGAAAAUUCAACGCUUAGUGUUCACUGAUGAGACUUGCUCAGAGCUGAAAUUGCGUGAGAAAGUGCUUUCUAUCCCGUUCGCGCCUGGCAUCUAUCCUAAUACAGAAAUACUUUUUAAAUCGGAAGGCGACCAAGGACCGACUAGGAUUCCAGCAGAUGUAAUAUUCGUAACGGAGGACCGUCCCCAUGAUACGUACGUACGAUGCGGUUUGAGCGACUUACUCAUAGUCAAACAAGUAAGUUUAGAAGAAGCUCUAUGUGGUCUAGAUAUAACCUUGAAAACCUUAGACGAUAGAGUGGUCAGAACUAAAAUUUCUGACGUCAUCACGCCGACUUACGAAAAAGUAAUAGACGAUGAAGGCCUCCCAGUACCCGCGUGUCCUAAGAAAGCUAAAGGUAAUUUGGUGAUACGUUUCAAAAUCGAUUUUCCGAUUUAUCUGGCGCCAAAAGCGAAGAAAAAGUUUGCAGAAGCGUUCAGGUUGAAUGAGGAGGAAAAUAAGAAGUUUGACGAUAUACCGUGCGGUGCGCUCGCUUCUUCGGAGGUUUCGAUUUAAUAUAAGUUUUUUG